GGCAAGGCAAGGCAGAAAAAUCGUGGGUCGCGUCUGCUUUGAGCUAUUGACGGCCAUCUCGACGAGGGAGUCGCCCAACCACCACGCAGCGAUCCAAUAUCCGCCUUGACUAAUUGACGACAUCCCACGACUGCGCAUGCGCAUUCCGAUCCCUACCAUUUUCAAUACCAUCCUAUCGCCUAGCAACGUUUUACCCAAGCGGUUUAACUCAACCCACUGUUUACUUUUCAGCUAGCACCUUACCAACCACGCGCCGGUUGCCGAAAGCCCCUGUAUUCCGGCUCACAACACACCACCCGCCAAUGAUUAGACGUAGCUUUUGACGGUCACGACCUCUCCCCGGAAAGAGGCAAUAAUAACAGCAGCCAUGGCCUUCGGCUUCGGAGGCGCUAGCAACGCCAUGAUGGGUGCUUCCGCCGGUGGUGCGGGAGGAGUGACGCAGGGCAAGGACCUCGAGGUCAUCCAAACAGAGAGUCUCGGGUUCCUUUCUAUUUCCGGCGAGGCCAAAGUUCAGCUGACCUCGAAAUGGUCCCCUCCACCUGCACCCACAGCGUCGCUGAUCAGUAUCGCCUCGCGAAAAGGUCUGGUCGCUGCUGCUGGCCCCGAUGCCGUUCACAUUGCCACGACCGAGUCGGUACGAAAAGCCUUCGAGGGAGAUAAGAACGGCGACAGUGAAGUGCGGCCGUUCAGCCCCCAGGCCAAGGUGCCGUUUCCGAUUCGGAUCUCGCAGCUUGCCUUCACCGCCGAUGAACAAUAUUUGAUUCUCUCCGCCGAGUCGGGUGGCGGUCUCGCAGUGUACGAUGUCCAGGCGCUCACUCAGGGUGGAACACAACCCUCCUUCGAGCUCAGCACCAACCAGGAGACGCUACGGGCCCUAAUCCCCAACCCAAUGCCAGAGUCCGCCGGCCUUUGCGCAACCGUUACAAAUAAUGGGAACCUUUUUAUGGCGAACUUGGCGGAGCGCAAGCUGGUUUCGGGGUCAAGCGGGCCAACCCUGCGCUCACAAGUUAGCUGCGCAGCAUGGAGCACCAAGGGCAAGCAGCUGGUUGCUGGCAUGGCAGAUGGAUCCAUCUUCCAAAUGACUCCGGAUGGUGUUGAGAAAGCCCAUAUCCCAAAACCGCCAGGUUUGGGCGACUAUCAUGUUGCUUCGGUUACAUGGCUCGAGAACCAUGUUCUCCUCGUCGUCCACAACCCAACCAAUGGCCAAGAUCCGUCCGUUUUCCACCUCAUCACAAGGCAACAGCCCCCGGGUGGGACCCCCACAUUCACCUUUCAGAAGCUCACCGACCCUGUCGAGCCUUUUGUAUCCGACAAGGCUCCUCACCACACCGUCCUGAGGCUUAGAGACUUCCCUCCGAAUCUCCAGGAUCUUCUUCUCUUGACCUCGACCGCCACUGAGGGAGUUGGCCUUCUGUCGCGGUCCAAGACCCCAUUGACGUCCGAUAAGCCCGCUGAAGCGAUCACCAAUGUUUUCACGACGACAGAACUUGCGGACGAUUCUAAGCGAGCGCAACUGCCGAUGAGCGAGGACUUGACCGAAACGUACCCGAUUGGAGCUGCGAUUGACCUGUCGAGCAAGGACAAGGUGUACAAGCCGAUUCCAACUGACGAAAUCGAGGUCUCGCCUGGCCCGCUACCGGGCUUGUGGGUGCUGAACAACGAGGGUGUUCUAGCGGCAUGGUGGCUUGUUUACAACGAGUCUAUCCGUGGAGGGACGACGUACCCAGGCAUCGGCGCUGGUGAUGCCGCUGCUCCGGCGUUCGCGGCCCCGCCGCCGACCGCCGCCGCUCCCUCGGCCUUUGCUUCUCCUGCCAACAAAGCUCCGGCAUUCGGAACCCCGUCCACUGCUGCGUCCGCUUUCGGGGGCGCAUCAGCUCUGGGGUCUAAACCAUCUCCGUGGUCGACGGCCGGAGGUGCAUCUGCAGCUCCAGCAUUCGGUUCUAGUUCCUUCGGUAGCAAACCCGCCGCGGCCGCUCCGGGCGCGCCUGCUUUUGGCGCAUCCUCUUUUGGAAGCAAGCCAGCAGCCCCCGCCUUUGGUCAAUCCUCCAGCUUUGGUAUGGGCCCCAAGGUCUCUCCUUGGGCGGCGGGAUCAACCAGUGGCGCGGCACCCGCGUUUGGCCAAACCGCGUUUCCUAGCCCUAGCGCAAGCCCUGGUAAGGUCUUUGGCAGCAGCACCGCGGCGCCCGCGAGUGGUGGGUUCGCAACCUUCGCUGGCAAGGGCGGCUUUGCAGGUCUGGGCGGUGGUUCUGGCGGGUCGAGUAUCUUCGGAUCCAAGCCUGGCGGUGCCUUGACUUCGAAUGCCCCCGAGGUCUCCAUGGAUACUGACACAGCCUUUCCCCCUCCGGCUGCCAAAGCCGACAAGCCCGCGCUUGGAAAUUCACCUUUCGUCCUCGGAACAACCUUCAAGGCCGAGAAGUCUGCGGCCAAUGAUAACGAAAAGCCCAGGGACGGCGCAGGCAAGUCUCUGUUCGGGAGUGGAUUUGGGCUUUCGCUGGAUGAUGCGUCCAAAAAGCCAGCUGCCCCUGUUUCCAAAGAUAUGGAUAUGGAAAGCACCACACCACCUCCAGUCGACGAGAAGCCCAAGUCGAUUUUUAGCCCGGAGUCCACAACUCCAACGACCACACCGGCUCCUCAGAGGGUUGACUUUAAGAACGCAACAUCGGCUGGUGGAUCUAAUCUUUUCCGCUCUAAGCUCCCUACGUCCGGUGGUAUGACCAAUAUCUUUGGAACCCCUAAAGCCGCCCCUUCGAUCUUCGGCACGCCAAAGGUCAAGCAGGAGGAUAAUAACAAGGGAGAUCUGUCCAAGAUCCCAGAGGCCCCUCUCCCACCUGAUGCUACUAUCUCCAAACCGCCGGCUAAAGCAGAGGAUGCACCCUUACCGCCCGAUUUCUCGGGCAAACCUGCGCAGAGGGGAUCUGUGCCGGAAGCUGCGCCGUUACCCGCAGAUUCCGUUUUCGCUAAACCCAAGCCCGAAUCAAAGCCAACAACGCCUCCGGCUACCGAGGAUGCGCCCUUGCCGCCAGACUUUCUCGCCAAGUCACCACCGAAGCAAGCGCCUACUUUGCCUGCUAUGCCCGAUAGCGCAAGUGACCAUGGCUUAUCUGAAGGCGAAGUGGAGGAGGAUGAGGAAGAGGAGGAAGAGGAGGAGGGGGAGGAAGGGGAGGAAGGUGAGGAAGGUGACUAUGAAUCAGAAGCUGCCAGUGAAGGCAGUGGCGUCGAUGUUGCUAAGGACCUCAGCCCGACAACAGGCUUUGGUGGCCAGACACCCGGCGCUACGCCCCAAAGCUCGUUUGGCGGGAUGGGUGGAAGCACCUUUUCGACUAUUUCUCGCACCGAAGCAGAACAAGCGCGGCCGUUAUUUGGCGAGAUCAGCAGAAACGCGCCUCCCUUGUACCCCAAGCCAGCCGUACCGCAGAGCCCCCGUUCGCCCAGUCCGAUACGAGGCCCGCAUCGCAGCAGCCUCCUCAGACCCAGCGAACCUAGCCGGUCCUUCAGCGCCCCAGGGGUGGCAUCGCAGCUCCUGGGUAGAAAAACGGCGCCCCUGCAGUCGACGCUCGGAUACAGCACUGGGCAACGCCCUCAAGUGGACCCGAAUGUCCAAGCACAGCGGAAGCUCGCAGAGAAGAUGCGGGCAGAAGAGCAUGUGCUUGUCGACCCACAAGAUGAAGGCAUCCAGCAGAUUCUGCAAUCAAAGCUCGAGCCGACCCUCCAGAUUCACGAAUUCUUCACUGUCCAAUCCCAGCUGGAGGCCUUAAACCCGGGUCGUGAAGAAGUACCUCUGGCCUGCGAAACGCUCUGGAGAGAUAUCAACCGUAUGAUCGACGUCCUGGGCCUCAACUCACGAUCACUGCAGUCGUUCCUCCUUGGCCACACCACGCAGUUCAAGCAGGGCGGCCGAAGCAAGGAAGACCUCGAGAACCCGGAGGACUGGGUGCUUGUCGAGGUCGGUGAAUUUGGCGCUGUACUCAACGAGGAGGUAGCACGGUGCGCGAAGGGUCGCAUCCAAGACGUCGAAGCCGCUGAGGACGCCAUCAAGGGUUUCGCCAGGGACCUCGCCAAGCUUCGCGCAAAGGAGGAAGACAUGCGCAAGAUCAUCAGCGCGUACAUCGACCCGGAACAGCUCGCCGUGACCAAGUCCUUGCCCCUCAGCGCCGAACAGGCGACGCAGCAAAACGAACUGCGCCGCUCCUACGCGACCUUCUCCCAGCUCCUCGCCGAGACGGAAGAAGCCCUGACGAUGCUCCGAACCCGCAUCGCCUCGGCGGGAGGCGCCUCCGGCAAGGGCCCGGUCCCCACCGUCGAGGCCAUCAUCCGCACCAUCAACCGGAUGACCAGCAUGGCCGAGAAGCGCAGCGGCGACAUCGACGUCCUCGAGAGCCAGAUGCGCCGCCUCCGCCUCGGCUCUGUCGGCCCCACCACGCCCGGCCCCCGCAGCCGCGAGGGCUCGCCGUUUGUCACCCCGCAGCAGCAGCAGCAGCAGCGUAGGUCGCUGCUGCUGUCGUCGCCCGAAAAGGACGGCAGCAGGUUGAUGCGGGAGUCGAUGGCUAGCUCGGUUGCGUCGUAUGCCGGGAGGGGCAGCAUGUCGUCGUCGCUGAUGUCGCCGAGGAAGAAGACCAGCAUGUAUACCCAGGAGGAGAAGAUGGAGUUGCGGGAGCGCGAGGCCAAGAGGAGGGGUGCGCUGCAGAUGCUGAAGAGGAGCUUGGCCAAGGCGGGGCCGAAUGUCUCCAGGUUGAGGGAUGAUGAUUGAGUGGGGAGGGCUGUGGUUGAGAUGGGAGGGAGUGGUAUGGUGGUAUGGGGGGGAAG